GUCAAAAUAUGGACAAAGAAUGUGAAUGUGAUUUCUAAUUUUGUUGUUGUCUCCUUCAUUACAUCAAAAACUAGGAAAAUAGAAAGAGAGAUAACAAAUAGGAGCAAAUAGAGAUUAAUUAAUUUUGUAUCUAAUUUGCAUGUCCAUGCAUGAUCAUAAACAAUAUAACAUUUUGUCAAUGAAAUAAAAAAACAGAUCAAAUCAUUAGUUUUUGAUUAAUCAGAGGGAAAAAAAAAUGUGAAGAUCAAGAAGGAAUUGAAAAGUGAGAUAUAUAUAUCAUAGGCGCGUUCGUGCCCAGAGACUAGUAUAUGUAUAGAUAUGAAGGCGUGGGAGGCAACUAUAAGGAUAACACAAGCUGCAACAAGGAAACGUGCUAACACGAUAUUUUGUACACAAGGUUCAUCAUCACCACCAACAGAGGAAGAAAAUGAGCAACAAGAUGAUCACAUUUACGCGAAUGGUGAAAUUUUCCAUGCUGAGAGGUUUCUCCCAAAUGGUGAUUACUAUAGUGGUUAUUGGCUUGACAAUUUCCCUCAUGGACAAGGUAAAUAUUGGUGGACGGAUGGAUGUAUGUACGUUGGAGAUUGGUUUCGUGGAAAAACUAUGGGUAAAGGUAUGUUUAGUUGGCCCUCGGGGGCAAUGUACGAGGGGAAUUUCAAGACUGGAUUUAUGGAUGGAGAUGGUACCUAUACGGGGCCUAAUGGCGAUACCUAUAGGGGUGGUUGGAUCAUGAAUUUGAAACAUGGACAAGGGGUUAAGGAGUACGUUAACGGAGAUUGUUAUGAUGGUGAAUGGUGUAGGGGAUUGCAAGAAGGACAGGGGAGGUAUAGUUGGAAAAAUGGGAAUUAUUAUGUUGGUGAAUGGAAAAAUGGAACUAUUUUUGGUAAAGGUAAAAUGUAUUGGACUAAUGGAAAUGUUUAUGAAGGGAAUUGGGAAGAUGGAUUUCCUAAAGGAAAUGGUACUUUUAAAUGGACUGAUGGAAGUUUUUAUGUUGGAAAUUGGAGUAAAGAUCCAAAUGAACAGAAUGGUACAUUUUAUCCAUCUACUUCAUUGUUAGAAACUGGUAAUCUUGAAUGGGAUCCUCAACAAGUGUUCAACGUCGAUUUGGUAGAAUGUACUAUCUGUCCACCUGAGAAAGUUCCUAUUUUGCCUUCACAGAAGAAACUCGCGUUAUGGAGGUCAUCUAAGGCUGUUGACAGCAACAUUAAGCCUAGGAGGAUGUCGUUGGACGGGAGAAUAGAUGCACCUCCUGUUGAUAGGGAGUUUGGUAGAAUUCGUUUAUCAGAUGUUGCAGGAACUUCUGCUAGUUAUUUGGACGAUUCCAUCGUUGGCUUGCAGGAUGCUGAUGGAUAUUUAAGAGGUAGUCCUAUAAGAAUUCCUAAAGUUGUUAAGAGACAAGGCCAAACUAUUUCUAAAGGACAUAAGAAUUAUGAGCUUAUGCUUAAUUUGCAGUUGGGAAUCAGGGUAUCAGUGGGACGGCCUGGUCCUCCACCAUCACUAGAUCUCAAGCCAUCAGCGUUUGAUCCUCGAGAGAAGUAUUGGACUAGAUUUCCAACAGAAGGAUCCAAGAUAACGCCCCCUCAUCCGUCUUGUGAAUUCAGAUGGAAGGAUUAUUGUCCGAAAGUUUUCAGGGCAUUACGGAUGCUAUUCAAAGUGGAUGCAGCUGAUUAUAUGAUAUCGAUUUGUGGUAAUGAUGCUCUCCGAGAGCUUUGUUCCCCUGGAAAAAGUGGAAGUUUCUUCUACUUGACAAACGAUGAUCGAUAUAUGAUCAAGACAAUGAAGAAGGCAGAAACAAAAGUGCUAUUAAGGAUGCUUAGCGCGUAUUUCAAUCAUGUUCGCGCUUUUGACAACACCCUUGUGACUAAGUACUAUGGCCUGCAUUGUGUGAAGCUAAGUGGACCAGCACAGAAGAAGGUACGAUUCGUUAUCAUGGGGAACCUCUUUUGUACAAAUUACUCAAUUCAUAGACGAUUCGACUUGAAAGGAUCAACAUUUGGAAGAACGACAGAUAAACCAGAAUCCCAGAUUGAAGCAACAACAACCCUUAAAGACCUUGAUCUCAACUUCAUUUUCAGGUUACAAAAGACAUGGUUUCAAGAAUUCCGAAGGCAAGUUGAUAGGGAUUGUGAGUUCAUGGAACAAGAGGGAGUGAUGGACUAUAGCCUUUUAGUUGGUAUUCAUUUUAGAGAAGCAGAUAGUACUGAAGAUCAGACAUCUUCUGGUUCUGGAACACCUAUCGAUAAUGGAGGCUCAGAAAAUGAAACAGUUGCUCGUGUCUCUCGAGCUGAUAUGGACCAGUUGCUUCUUGAUCAGGAAGGAUGGGCUAGCAUAAAACUAGGAAUAAACAUGCCUGCAAGAGUUGAAAGGACAGAGAGAAAAGCUACAGAAGCGGAAACUCAGCUAAUUGGAGAUCCAACAGGAGAGUUGUAUGAUGUGAUACUGUUUUUCGGAGUCAUACACAUACUUCAAGACUAUGACAUUACAAAGAAGCUAGAGCACGCAUACAAGUCUAUGCAAUGUGAUCCAAACUCUAUAUCAGCAGUUGAUCCAAAGGCAUACUCAAGGCGUUUUCGCGAUUACAUAUUCAAAGUUUUUAUAGAAGAUAAUUGACAUGAAAGUUAUAAAGACGGCUUCAAGCUAGCAUAGGACUAAAGUACUAUUUGUUUGUUGUUUUUGGAAAUUAUUUGCAGUUGAAGCUUAGAAGGAGAGAAGAACAUAUAUAUAUACACACACUCUUCCUUCACUGCAUUUUAUAGGUAUACACAAAAUACAGAAUGAGUUACUAUUGUAUAGAAGUUGUAAUAGAUAUGCUGCUCAGAGUCUCCAGAAAUAUUGUCGGAUCCUUCAAAAAGGAACUACUUUUUGGAGGAUUAGGCGAUAUUUUUGAAGUGUCCGAGCAAGAUAGGUAACAGAAGCAACACAAAUGUGACUUUUAAGUUGCAUUACUUAUAUGUAUGAAAAUUUGUUGUUUCAAGGUAUUUGCAGGGAAUUAAGGAUGGAUUUUAAUGUAGAA